AUGUCUUUGUUGUUCUUUCUCCUUGCUUGUGUUUCCUUAAGAUAUUCCAACGCCUGGUUUGGUGGUAAUGAUUGUACGGAUCAGAGCGACUGCGUCUCUUGCACUAACCACAAAACUUGGUCGGGGGCAAAUUGUUGCUGGUGCCCAAAAGACAUGGCAUGCCAUGCUCAAGGCAGCUUGGUAAAUAAAUGCUCGCGAACGGAGAAUAUCGUUAACCUUGAUGACUGCGACAAGAUCGUGCAUGCUAAGUACGACAAAAACCUUGCGCACAAAAUGAUCUAUCUUUGCGCGUUAGCAUACUCUGACGAUGUGGCCAAGUACAUACCGAAAGCAAGCGAAGUGGACACAUUUCACCUUGUCAAGCAGGUUACAAAGCCAUGUUCAGGAGGCGCUCUUUGCUCUGGUUUUGUUGCUGUCUCUCACGCAGAAAAAGCCAUCGCUAUUGUAUUCCGUG